UUAUGUAUUUGUUUCCUCAAAAAUAUUUUUGUUUAAUUAUCUAAACUUUGAGCUUAUUGCAUCAAUUCCAACUCUUAAUUCCACAUCUAAAAUCUGAACCCUGGAAUGUCAAAAAUUAUUAUCAUUCCAUAAUCAUUUCCAUUUACUAAAUUAUUAGUUUAUUUGCAUUGUUUCAGAUUAUUUAUACAAUAUAAUAUUGCAUUUUCUAUAUAUAUUAUUUGUAAAAAUGCGAACCUUGUAUCUGCCAUGGAUGUAUUAUUUCAAAGUAGUAAUUGUGAUUAUUCUAAUAUUCAUCAUUGAAAUAGCGAUUGCGAUAACAAAACCAUCAUUAUCAACAAAUAAAACAGAAAAUGACAAGGAAAGCAGUGAUACAGGAAGUAAUCAGGAUAAUAAUGAUACAAUAUACUUUGUUUUUUUACGCUGGAUCGGUAUAUGUAUCUUUUCAGUGAUAGUAAUCUGUUUGGGUUACUCAAUCUGUAAAUGUUGUCUUGAGGAGAGGAGUAGGAGGCAUGGUCAACAACGAAUAACUCCAACACGACAAAUAGCACCACAAGUACAGGAGGAGCCCCGCGUAAGAUUUAGACAUAGAGAAGAUGAUGAUGAAGAUGAAGAUGAUGAAGAUGAAGUUGAAGUAGGAGCAUUUUAAUGGAUAUAAACGAACGGAAGCUAAGAAAAA